AUAUACUUCAAUAGAAAUUCGGUUGAGCUGCGACCCGUUUGUGUUGUAGAAAAAUUCUGCUUUUUGAGUAUCGUUUCGGAAUUGACAAAUUUGUAGUGAAAAUUCAGAGCCAUGCAGAGGCGUCAACAGGAGAACUUUUACCAAGUGCUGAACGUGCCCGUGAACUCGAGCGAUCAAGAAAUCAAGAGCCGCUUCUUCGAGCUGUCCAAGAGGUAUCAUCCGGAUGCCAACAGCCAGAGCGGCGACUCCGAGCGGUUCGCGAAGCUGUGUGAGGCGUAUAACACGCUGCACAGGCCCAGCAUGCGGAAGCAGUACGACACCAGCAUGAAAAUACAGCUGCAAAAGUACGCCCAGCUGGACAGAGUCCAGCAGAACGUUGGCAGCGUCUGGCAGCAGUUUCACACUCAAAUGCGCAACAAGCAAAAGCGAUGCUUCUACAAUGGGAUAGCAGGGCGGAUGCCGACGACCGCCUUGGCCAGUUUGCUGCCCGUGAAAACGGCCGUGCUGGACCCAAGCCAGGGCUGUCGUAUCGUGAACAGAGAGGCUCCACCCAGGUUCAAGUGGAACUUGUGCCGCACUGGGUUCAGUCUGUUCAGUGGACUGCUCAUCCUGAGCUUCCUCAUGGUGCGGCAUGACAAUCCCUGGUCGUUGCAGCCCCCAAUACUAUACGAAGCGAGCUCAAAGCGAGACGAACCGCCCUCUAGUUUGAUGAGCAACACGUUGGAUCUUCUGUGGGCUGGCUUCUAGGAUAUAUUAUUGGGUGGUCUGCACACUGCCGGGCUGUGGCCUGUCACCUGCCUUCUUCAAUCUUUCCACCUAGCAGCGUGUCGAGGCAUCUCAUGCAUAUGCAUGGGACGGGCAUAAUAUUUUGUUAGAUUUCUGACUGAAAAAUAUAUAAAUUUGCCCGUUAA